UCUCUGAAGCAAAGCAUCCAUGGUAACUUCAUGAGGAGAGUGAACAUAAGUAGACGUGUGUGUUUGGGUUUAUGUGAUACUGAUUUAGAACUUGUCGUCCCAGGCUCGCCAUCAUGGAUUCUCUAUCAAAAGCCAAUGGCACCUUUGCCGUAAAUCUUUUAAAAGUGCUGUGUGAAGACAACUCAAGGAAUGUGUUUUUCUCGCCUGUGAGCCUGUCCUCCUGCCUGGCCAUGGUUCUCAUGGGAGCCCAGGGAAACACCGCAGCCCAGAUGACUAAGGCGCUUUCUUUUAAUGAAAGUGACAAUGGAGGUGUAGACAUCCACCAGGGCUUCCAGCAGCUUCUCAGUGCAUUGAACAAGCCUGACGCGCAGUACUUGCUGAGGACGGCCAACAGGCUCUUCGGGGAAAAGUCUUACGAGUUCCUCUCUUCCUUUAAAGGAAAAAUUACAGAAUUGCUGUCUCCAGAUUCAGUGAAUUCACUGACUAAACUAGUUCUGGUCAAUGCCAUCUACUUCAAAGGAAACUGGGAAAGGCAGUUCGAGAGAGAGAGUACCAGGGAGAGCCCAUUCAAAGUCAGCAAGGAUGUGGUAAAACCUGUGCAAAUGAUGUAUAUGAAAUCGACUUUUAAAAUGACCCAUGUAGGAGAAAUAUCCACCACAAUCCUGGUGCUGCCCUAUGUCAGCCAGGAGCUGAACAUGGUCAUCAUGCUUCCAGAUGAAAACACUGAACUGAAAACGGUGGAAGAAGAAAUAACUUAUGAGAAAUUCUUAGACUGGACGAGGGAUGAUAUGAUGGAUGAAGAAGAGGUGAAGGUUUUCCUCCCUAGGUUUAAGCUGGAGGAAAAUUACGACAUGGGGGCCGUCCUCCGCAGGCUCGGCAUGACCGACGCCUUCGAGCAGGGCAGCGCAGACUUCUCCGGAAUGUCGUCCAGGAGAGACCUGUUCCUGUCCAAGGUCGUGCACAAGUCCUUUGUGGAGGUCAACGAGGAGGGCACCGAGGCCGCGGCGGCCACUGCUGCCGUGAUUAUGUUACUUUGUGCCAGGAUCAUACCCAGCUUCAGGGCCGAUCGCCCCUUCCUGUUUUUCAUCAGGGAGCAGCAGACCAAUGGGAUCCUGUUUGUUGGCCGGUUUUCCUCCCCGUGAGGAUCUCCGCACGCAGCGUUUCUCUCUCUCUCUCUCUUUUUUUUUUCCUGCUGCCACCUUUCCCUCUGACACUCUUGUGCCUGCCACCCAAGUGACCUUAUCAGUUCUGUUGCAACAGAUCAAAAAUAAAG